CAAAUACGUUGAAAUAAAGAACUUCAACUCGCACUGUAGAUAAUGGGUGUGAAAUGCAUUUCACAAACAAUAAGUUCUUGCAAUAGGUUUCAAAACUUUUUCCAAUCGCAUCUAGGUUUGUCUCUUACUCUACAGAUGGCUUCUAGAUGGCAUAAUAUUUUUGGGUGGCUUUUAGUUAACACGAUAAUAGCGAAUAUUUUAAUUAACGCGUCCUUAGGAAGCGCUUUCAUCUUCGCCGGUGGAGAUGAAGUCGCCGAAACGACCGAAGUCAACGACACGAGAUUUGAAAAAAUUAUCGGAAAUCCUGAAGAAAAUUACAUCUUAAAUGCACAAGAUGAACGAGUUUUUGGAAAUUCCGAUGAAAAUUACAUUACAAAUGCGGAAGAAACCAAUUCUUCUGAUGAACCUGACGAAAAUGUUGUGUCUGAAGAGAACCAAGUUGAUGAUGGUUCGAACCACGUUGAUAUUCGUGAUGAUGACGAUGAAUAUUUCGAGACGAGCGUCGACGAUGAGGAUUCAAUGACUGUUGAUGCUGAGAAAAAACCCUCGGGGGAAGAUGAGGAACUCAAGCCCCAUGGGGACGUGGGGCAGGACGAGGAGGCGUCCUUGGUAAAGGACCCCAGCAGUUCCGCCAACCCCAGUGAAGGACCUGAGAAGGAUAACAAGAAAAUCCCUCUCCGCGAGAUCCUGCGGCGCUUAAAGCCCGCCAGUUUGAUGGACGACGACGAGCGAGCGGCGGCAGAGAAAGCUGGUCAAUUUCAGAGCAUCAGCGCUGCUGGUGUUCAGCUUCUUAACGCCACCGCCCUACAAGACCUAGUCUCGCCCAACCCUAACGUCAGCUACCGCUCCACCGCCGCCCCCUGCGCGCUGGUGUUUUUCUACAGCGCUCACUGCCCCUUCAGCGUCGCCGCCGCCCCCGCCGUCACCGCCAUGUCCCGCCACCUCCAGCAGGUUAUGCCUGUCUACGGGGUCGACUCCAUCGCUCACCACAGUAUCAACGCACAGUUCGGCGUUAUGGGUACACCAACGUUACUGCUGUUCCAUAACGGCCACAUUGUAACGCAGUAUAACGCUAGCUCCUUCACCGGAGCGUUGCUAGCGUCCUUCCUACAGCACUACACCGACUACCGUCCCCCGGGGGACUUUGUCGUCACAGAUUUGGACAAAACGGACUCGGUGCUGCCGCUGGAGGUGGUGCCCUACAGCGGGUGGUGGCUAGGGACGUCCUGGUUGUUCCUAGUGAGCGUAGCGUCCUAUUGCUUCUUCAGGAGCGUCCUAUGGGGCAGGAUUACUGAGGCCGUCCUAAACAACUGGCGGGAGGCUGAGGCCCACCAGCAUCAAGACUAAUUAGUGCUUAGCAAUUAUGAAAUUAUUAAAAUUAUUAUUCUACUAUAAAUGCUUAGUAAACUUGUUUGUAUUGAUAGCACUGUGAACUUGUAUCAAUUGUGAAUCUGUUUGAAUUGUGAACCUGUUUGAAUUGUGAACCUGUUUGAAUUGUGAACCUGUUUGAAUUGUGAACCUGUUUGACUUGUGAACCUGUUUGAUAUAUGAACCUGUUUGAAUUGUGAACCUGUUUGAAUGCCGGUUAACCUGUUUGAAUUGUGAACCUGUUUCAGUUGUGAAACUUUUUGAAUUGUGAUCCUUUUUGGAUAAGUUCACUGUAUACCUUUUGUCAUUUUGUUGAAGUUAUUUUCAACGGCUGAAAGGAUGUGAAGCUUGAAGAAAUUGUAAAUUGGAUAUCACCUACUCUGAUAUUAUCUGUUUUAAAAUGAUCUUUUAGCCUUUCUUGAAUCACUCUGUAAACUCUGGAAUCAACAAUGGAAUUUCUUUAUUGUAAAUUAUGAAGACUAUUAGAAUUAUCAUAAUUUGUAUAAUUUAAGUCAGCCGUCGGCAGUAAAAGUUAUUGAAAGACGUCAAUCGAAUUUCCAGGCCAUAAGAAGUUCUGUAAGAUGUCUAAAGAAAAAGAAUUUAAUAGACGAAGAAUAGCAAAGAAAAAAGAAACUUUCGUGUGUAGUAAACAAUUUAUUAGUUUCAAUAUCUAAAAAAAAAAAUUUCUUGAGCUAUUUGCUCGUUCAUCAAUAGCCGUUUUCGUAAUUAUAUAAAAUAAUAAUAAUAAUAAUUAUAUAAAAUUAUUGACAUUAUUUGCUGUCUUGGUUGCUGGAUCUUGUCAAGAAGACAAUCUUGUGGUACCUGCUUAUAUUGUGCAGUCUAUUGCUAUUAAUUUUUCAAACUUCAUUACUUUAUAUUAAAUUUCUAAAUAUUAUCAUUCAAUAUUAAUAUCUCAAACUUUAUCGACAAGUUUUCUUCAUUUGUGCUUUGAGCUUCCGUUGUCAUCUGAGGUUUGGACUUAUCACAGCAUUUGUUUAAUUUAUGUACGCCACAACAAUAUCCACUGGAAUUUCCCUCAUUAUUUCACUAUAUCCAUAGGAAUAUCUCUACUAAUUUCACCAUAUCCACAGGAAUUUCCCUCGUUAUUUCACUAUAUCCAUAGGAAUAUCUCUCAUAAUUUCAC